CAAUAAGUAAGGACGCGUGCUGCUUGAAUUUGAAUCCGAGCAGGAGCUAAUAAGUUGUUAAGCUAUUAGGCAGCUACAGCUUCUACUAUAGCACAAACAGACACGAGAAGCAUUAGUUUAACACUUAAUAAUAUUGACUGUUUGUAGAUUCGUAUGUGUGCAGCAUUAAUUAGUGUCCCCUCAACGUUUAAAUAGCUACUCAUCGCUGUUCGAGGAGAGAACACUACAGUGCAAUGAAAGCGGGUGUCGUCCACUGCCGUUGUUCAAAAUGCUACUCGGUUCCGGCUCGGAAGCGGGUCCGUAAGCGGUCUCCGGCCCCGACCGUGCUGUCCCUGCCCGAGGAGAUCCUCCUCUGCGUGCUCCAGUGCCUCUCCGCGGAGGACCUCCUCUCCGUCCGAGCAGUUCACUCCCAGCUGCGGGACAUCGUUGACAACCAUUCCAGUCUGUGGGCUCGGGUCAGCUUCAGAGACACGUGGCCUUGUCCCAACACCUUAUGGCUCUUUGAAAGAGCUGCCGAGAAAGGGAAUUUUGAAGCUUCUGUGAAGCUCGGGAUUGCGUAUUUGUACAAUGAAGGACCGUUGCUGAGCGACGAGGGGCGAGCGGACGUAUGCGGCCGAAAGGCCUCUCACUUCUUCAGCCUGGCGGAGAGCCUGCGCUCUCCCGCCGCGGACCCCUUCAUCUGGGUGUUCAUCCGUCCGCCGUGGUCGCCCACCGGCAGCUGCUGCAAGGCCGUGGUGUUCGAUCGGCUCAAGACCGAGUGCGAUGACAACGUGAAGAAGAGGGGUCCCCUGCUGCACUGCUUGGCCAGAGUUUUGCAGCUGUUUGAAGGGGACGAACGGCGUUCAGACGCCAUAUCGAUGCUGGAGGAGUCGUCAAAAGCUGGAUGCCUGCAGAGCUCCUACCUGUUGUGGGAGCACAGCCGUAAAGCAGCUCUGGCGGAUCCAGGAAGAUACCUCCAGUGCGUACGGACCCUCAGGGACUACGCCGGCAAAGGAUGCUGGGAGGCACAGCUGUCCCUGGCCAAAGUGUGCAGCAGUGGGAACCCGCUGGGUUUGGAGCCUAAAGCCUGCUCCGAGCUGGUGGCCCAGCUCUUCACUUCCUCAAAUCCAGGGUCACGACAAUGUGACACUCAGGGCAUGAGACGAGGCAUCAAGGACACCAUGAGGUACAUCCUGGUGGACUGGCUCGUGGAGGUGACCACCAUGAAGGACUUCUCGAGCCUCACGCUGCACGUGACCGUGGGCUGCGUGGACAGAUACUUGUCUCUGCGCUCUGUCCCCAAGGCUCGCCUUCAGUUAUUAGGAAUCGCCUGCAUGGUAGUUUGCACACGCUACAUCAGUAAGGAAAUCUUGACCAUACGCGAAGCCGUCUGGCUCACGGACAACACCUACAAGUACGAGGACCUGGUUCGAAUGAUGGGAGAGGUCGUCUCCGUGCUGGAGGGGAAGAUCAGGAGCCCCACUCUGCUGGACUACGGGGAGGUGCUGCUCUCUCUCCUCCCUCUGGAGAGGAGAACCACUCACCUGUUCAGCUACAUCUGUGAACUGUCGCUGCUCUACUCGGCUCUCGCCUCCCCGCCACCUGCCAGAUUAGCCUGCGCUGCGCUGCUGCUCACACGAGCACUACAUCACUAUGCUCCGCUCUGGCCCUCCCUGCUGGCCGACUACACGGGCUUCUCCAAGCAGGACCUCGUCCCCCUCUCCGUCCUCCUCUUUGUCAAGUGCUUCAGUCAAGAUGUUCCCAAGGACUACAGGCACGUGUCUCUCACUGGCGUCAAGCAACGGUUUGAAGACGAGGCCUACCAGCACAUCAGCAAAGAAAAGGUGAUGGAUUUUAAGGAGCUCUGUCAGAUCUUUGAAAUUCCUGAGGUGAUUCCUCAGAUGGAGCCACCCAGUCCUACCGGUCAGCCAGCUGACAUCCACACCUUCCUGGCUUCUCCGUCAAGCACAAGCAAGAGGAGACGUGACGACAGCAUGCAGGCCCACAGAAGCAGCUUCGUGGCCACGCCCACGGCCGAGCUGUCCAAUCAGGAGGAGAAGCUGCUGGGCGACAUCCUGGACUGGAGUCUGGACACUUCCUGCUCCGGCUAUGAGGGGGACCAGGAGGAGGAGAGCGAGGGAGAGAAGGAUGAAGCGGAUGGUGAUGUUUCUAUGAUAUCCGUCACACUGCACCCGCUGACGGACGCAGACAAACAGCAGGAUCACUGCAGAGCUCUAUCCAGCGACGAAGACAGCUUCUGUGAAGCGGAGAGCGAGGGGAACAAGCAUUGCCAAGGCCCGUCCUGCUCCACGGACCCUCACAGCUCAGGAUAUUCCUCCGUCCAGAGCGUCAGCCCCUCGUCCACGUGCUCCUCCUCCUCCCUCAUCUCCCUCAUGCCCUGCACGUUCAAGACCAUCACGACGUCCCUGGCCCCGGCCUCGGCCAGCGCUCAGCCGGGCUUCCGCCUCCUGGUGCCCAUGCAGAGGCCCCGGGGCACCUCCAGCAAGCAGGUGAAAAGGAAGAACGUGGCGGCUCACAGCGGAGGCGAGGUGGAAAGAGAAGAGGAGGAUAUGGAGGGAGAAGCGUAUUCCGCCAACGCGGGGUUUCUGAGCCUAUAGACAGCGGUUGUUUUAAUGGCCCCGGGGUCGUUCAAACCCACCCGCUCGGCCAUUAAGCUCCAGCACUUUUCGUUUGUUCCCGUCGUCGUUCCUCCCUCCUGUUGAGUCUGCACUGGUCCGUCGAGAUCAAGAGACGAUGAGCUUAUAAACAAAUAAGGGAUCUGAAUUGCCUAGAAGCUUGCCUUUGUGUUAGGUUACAUUUCAUUUACAUGUUUACAGGCACGGAGCAAUAGAAAUACCUCCCAUCAGCCAAGACUCGGUCAGCUCUGAAACCACUGGAACAUGACUCGACUUUCCUCAGGACCCUGGUACAACUGUUGCCACUACACUCGUUUUACAGCCUCCUACAACAACAACCUAUCUCAGACUAGAUAGUUGUGAAAGAAAUGAAACCGUACGGACUCGUUGUUUUUUCUUUUUUCAGGGGGAGGGGGAAGAAAGUAUUCAUUGUUCACAUCAUAUUUUUGCAAAACAACAUAUUUAUGUGGUUAUUUUUUUGUUAAAAUAAUCUCUGAAAUGCACUGUACGUACAAGAGUCCAUCUUGUAUUGGGCGGAUUUCAUCAACAAGGCCGCUGAUGUCGUUUUGAUGAAAGCGACGUGGAGCCUUAAAAAAAAAAAAAAAAGAAAGAAAAAAAAAAUAUGAUUGUAUGAAUUCUUGUUCAGUUUUGUUCUGCGUACGUUUGCCAAAGGUACUGUGGUGGUGUCAUUUUGUGUUUUUAUGUGGCAUCUACUUAAACAGAGAAAAAGAGCUGUGAAUUAAGUCAUUUAGUAGUCUGUAUCUUUUGUAGUUUUGUAACUAUACGCCGGUUGUGCUGUUAAAUGAUUUGAUCGAUAUUGCUUAAAGACCUAUGGCACACUAAGCCCAUCAGAAACUCGGAGGAUCAAACUAAGGAUCACCAGCUGGAAAGAGUUUUCCACAGAUUCAUCCUCCAGGCGUCACAGUCAUUUGUAAACUCCAACAUGCAGAUUAGUUCUUACUUUACCCACUCUUCCUCCCGUCUGAAUUAGGUCGAGCACUUUUAUCGUCGCAGGAGGAGCGCAACUCGAUGACGUUUCAACCCGUUUGUGUGCUAGAACAAUCAAUACUAAAGUAUUUUAAAUGCAUUUGCGCUUCGUCCUCGGACAUGAGUGGAAGUUCAGACACUAAAAGAAAAAUGAUGACUUGAUGGGGGUUUUUCUAAGUACUGUAGGCCUCAUCCAGGACACAGAGUACACAAUGUUUAAUAGAUUGUGACUGUAAAUACUUAUUUUUUUUGUUUUAAAACUGUUACUCCAGACUGGUUAUCGCCUGUGUUUUUAUAUGUACAUAAUGCUAUAUGUAUAAAUUGAAAUUAGACAAAAGAACAUGCCACUUCUACUUGAAAUUGCAUUUGCUUCAUUCCAAAAAGGCAGUUUUCUGUUUUUUGUUUCUACAGUGCAGCGUUUUCUCAAUAGACCUGUGAUGUGAAUAUAUCAUUUUUGUACGGAGUUCCAAUAAUAAAUAAUGUUUCGAA